GCUUUCUCUCUUCCCUUUCCUCGACCUUUCCGUGCCCUCAUCCGCACGCCCCCAAAACCAAAGACAAAGAAGGGAAAAACUCGAACCUUUUAACAGACCGGGCGGGGUUUCCAUCUCCUUUAGAUUCUGGGGUGGUCGAUUCGAGCUCCAAUAUGGAUAUGCAAAAUGUCAUAGAUGGUCACUGAGGACAAGAUUUUCGGACUGGAACACGGGAAAAUCGAUCAGGCAUCAAAAAUCUUAUAGGAUGGAUCACCUUGCAAUGCUUGCGCAGGAGUUGAAUGAUGGUUCAGAUUUUGAAGUCGAUGGUGUCAGAUGUGAAAACCUCAUAGAGAAUGAUGUUAGUGACGAAGAAAUUGAGCCAGAUGAAUUGGCAAGACGGAUGUGGAAGGACAGAGUUAAGCUCAAGAGAAUCAAGGAGCGGCAGAAGCUUGCUGCCCAACAGGCUGCUUCCGAAAAGGCCAAGCCCAAGCAGGUCUCUGACCAGGCUCGCAGGAAAAAGAUGUCAAGAGCGCAAGAUGGGAUACUUAAAUAUAUGUUGAAGUUGAUGGAGGUGUGUAAUGCUCGUGGAUUUGUCUAUGGCAUAAUUCCCGAGAAGGGAAAGCCUGUGAGUGGUGCUUCGGAUAACAUAAGAGCUUGGUGGAAGGAGAAGGUGAAGUUUGAUAAGAACGGACCUGCAGCUAUCGCAAAGUAUGAGGCAGAGAAUUUUGCAGCCAAGAAUGCACAGAAUAAUGGAAGCAAACUUCAGCACAGCCUUAUGGAUCUUCAAGAUGCUACUUUGGGAUCACUUCUGUCGUCAUUGAUGCAACAUUGCGACCCACCACAGCGUAAGUACCCGUUGGAGAAGGGUGUUCCACCUCCUUGGUGGCCUUCAGGAAAUGAAGACUGGUGGGUAGAUUUGGGAUUACCAAAGGGUCGAGUUCCCCCCUAUAAGAAACCACAUGAUCUGAAGAAGGUGUGGAAGGUUGGAGUACUGACUGGUGUGAUUAAACACAUGUCUCCAAAUAUUGACAAAAUCAAGAACCAUGUCCGGAAAUCAAAGUGCUUGCAGGAUAAGAUGAGUGCCAAAGAGAGCUCUAUUUGGUUAGGAGUGUUAAAUAGAGAGGAAAUGAUUGUUCAUCAGCUCAGCAGUGACAAUGGGAUAUCUGAUGUAACUCAGCAUAGUGGUUGUGGGGAGAGAAGGGAGGAUACAAAUGGCGGUGGUAAUGAAUAUGAUGUUGAUGAUUUUGAAGAUGCUCCUGGCUCUGUAUCAUCUAAAGAUGAUGAGAGAAAUCUGCCGAUAAAUGCUCAAACUUGUGGAGAGAAUACCACUUCAAUCAUACGAGAAAACUGCCUGGUCGAAGAUGGCAACCAACUUGUUCAAGGAAAGGAACAAGCAAGUGAACAGCCACAGAGAAAAAGACCUCGAGUAAGUUCAGCCAUUGUUGAUCAGCAAUCAACAGUGAUUCAGAAUGAACACCAAUCAGAGGAAUCAAGAAAUGCUAUCCCAGAUGUUAAUUUUGCAGACUUACCUAUUAGUCAUCAUCAUAUGCCAAAUAUCAACCAAGAGGAUUGCACAAAUGCAGCUUCAAAACAUCAUGAAGAUCCUAGAAACCAGUACCUUCUCUCUGAACCUGGAAUUAACAACUUGGCAGCCAUCCCUUCUGCUAAUGUCACAGCCCAAAGUAUGUAUGUUGAUGGCCAGCCCUUACUGUAUGCAGGUGUAGGGCAUACUGAGUUACAAUCUGGGACAAUUUUGGGGUCAGGAACCAAUUUUCAUUUUUUCUCACCAAUGGAAUAUGGGCUAUCUCAGGACAAACAGCAGCUCCCUGUUUCUGAUACUGAUAAUCAAGUAAGACCUGAGGGUACCGGAGUUCCUAUUAAUAAUAAUGUCUAUGGGCAUACACUGGCACCAAAUAGAAAUUCAAAUGAAGCUGCUGGAGCCAUGCCUACCUUUGUAGACGAACCUUUCUACAGUGAGCAUGAUAAAUUUAUUGGCAAUUCUUUUGACGGGCUGCCGUCAGAUUAUAUUGGGAUCAACAGUCCAAUUCUUGACAUUGAUGAGCUGCUGCGAGAUGAUGAUAUAAUGGAGUACUUGGGAACAUAAGUGCGUAAAAGAUUUUAUUAUGCCAUUUGCUGGUCUGCUGACUUUCUGGACGAUGUGUCUGAUGGAGACAGGAGGCAAUGCCCAUCGGUCACACUGCCGAGUGUCCUGGAGAUCAAUGCUACUGAGGUCUGGUCUCCGACUUUGGUUUAACGUUAGAAGGCUUGUGCCCAACUUGUAGACCUCUGGAGACUUGUAGACAUGCCAAAUUAACUAUUACUCAGAUGACAAGUUUGGCAAAACAGUCUUUCGCUGUAUUCUUUACAUCAACUAUCCGAUCUAGUGUCCUGUUUCCAUGCAUCUAAGUAGGCCACCAGGGUCAGACGGACCCAUGCCCAGCCAGAAUAAUAAGUUGACUACUUGUGAAAUAGUCUGGUUCAAUGGGUCGUCUUGGUCUAAGUUUGGACCCAUAUGCUGUUAUGGUUUUUUUUUUUUUUUUUGUGGUACAAAUAUGCUCUUAUUGUUGGAUAAAAUCUGACUGCAACUGAAGCAAAGGGCAGGUUAAUGUGCUCAUUCUUUAUUUUCUGACUCUACAGCUCAAUGAUGUUAAAAUGUUAAAAAAAAUUAUCGCUUUUUGUUGUUGA